AUGAUCCAGGACGACAACGACGUUUUGGAGCCGCCGAUCAAUUUCUCGAUGGUGGACGAGGGCAUUUUCAGAUCAGGCUUCCCUCAGCCGCCCAAUUUCCCAUUCCUCAAAACCCUUCAACUCCGAUCCAUCAUAUAUCUGUGCCCCGAGCCCUACCCGGAGGAGAAUCUGGAGUUUCUUCGGUCUCAAAACAUCCAGCUCUUCCAAUUCGGAAUCGAGGGGAAGAAGGAGGCUUCUUCUUCGGCAGCAUCGUCGAUCCCCAAGCAGACGAUCUUGGAGGCUCUGAAGGUGUUGAUCGACGUGAGGAACCAUCCGGUGUUGAUCCACUGCAAACGUGGCAAGCAUCGGACGGGUUGUCUCGUGGGUGUGCUGAGGAAAUUUCAGAAUUGGUGCUUGGCUUCGGUGUUUGAGGAGUACCAGAGAUUCGCGGGCGCGAAAUCUAGGACGACCGAUUUGAGAUUUAUUGAGACGUUUGACGUGGUGGGGCUGAGGGACUGCCUGUACGGCAUCAUCCACCAUUACUAUCGACUAGCCUACUACGCUUCCAAGAAGAGGCGCUUGUUAUUGUAUACACAAGCACAAGAAGACAUGCAAACCUAUCAACAUUAUAAACCCUAA